AUAUAUUUAAGCAUACAUACAACACAGCUAAACCUCGAAAACCCAAGUUACAUAUUUAAUGACGUUAAUAGCCUUAAACACACCGACAAAGCAGAAACCAUAUUACGCGCGUAAAGCGAAUAGCAACUCCUGCGCGCUUCUGGUUUUACGGUAGUCAGCACUGGUCAGUACGGUACGUACGGAAGUACGGAAGAUACAGAAGCUACGGCAUAAAGCAUGAAGUAGCGAAUACUACUCCCUUUGAUGUUUUAGUAUCCUUGAGGAGCGUGUUCAAGUGGUUCAAGUGUUCGUGUAGACCGGUCUAGACUGGUUGUAUGUGGUCGGCGGUACUAAUGCAGCCAAUAUAGCGGUCAGCAAGAAUCAAUCGAAUGCGUGUUCGAGUUUUUUAGCCUUCUUUGCAUAAUAUUUGAAUAUCACUAGAUCUGACAUGGGAUUAGAUGGGAAUGUCCGUGAGGCCGAUUAAGUGGAUGGUGCAUUCGAUCAGGCGUUGAUGAUGAGGAUACGGGAAUGAACUGUGGUGACAAAUUUGAUUAUAGUUGCAUCGUUUUUUAGCGGUGCUUAUUUAUAAUGUGCUGUUCUGUCAAAAGCGGUCAAAAGUAGCCAGUUAGCAAUUUGUGAUGAUACUUGAACUGCAUUAUGAACUCUCACACAUGAAUGUAUAUAUGUGUCUGGGGCCCUGCUGAUGUGCAGCGUUGUGUGAAUUGCAACAUGUACCAUCACACAUCAGGCCUGUUCAAGCCAGCAGUGGGGAAAACAUUCAUCUUGACCCUGGCAAUUGGAAUCUUAUUUGGCUUCAGCUUUGCAUACAUCCUGAUGGCAACAACUCGUUCCUUGGAGGAAUUCUCAUUUUUCCCAGCCAGGACAGAAAACAGCUUUCUGGACCGACAUCACCACAGUGACAGGGAAUACAUCCAAGGACCAGACAUCAGGGAGAUGGGAAGCCAUGGUCAUGAUGAGUUUUAUCAUAGAGGAGAGGAUGUCGAGGCUAAGAAACUGGCGAAGAAGGUGCGGGUUCUCUGCUGGAUAAUGACAAAUCCUAAAAACCACGCGAAGAAGGCUGUACAUGUCAAGGCUACUUGGGGACCCCGGUGCAACAUUCUGCUGUUCAUGAGUUCGGAGAACGACACAUCACUACCAUCUGUGAAGCUGCCUGUGCUGGAGGGCAGAGAUUACCUGUGGAGCAAAACCAAAGAAGCUUUCCUGUAUGUGUACAAGCACCAUUUACAUGAAGCAGAUUGGUUCUACAAGGCAGACGAUGACACAUAUGCAAUAGUUGAAAACCUCCGCUACAUGCUAUCACCAUAUAACACCUCUGACCCUAUGUACUUCGGCUGCCGGUUUAAGCCUUACGUGAAACAGGGUUACAUGAGUGGGGGAGCUGGUUAUGUUCUCAGCCGUGAAGCACUGAAGCGAUUCAUUGAGCGGGCAGUUCCAGAUAAAACCAAAUGCCGACAAGAUCACGGUGGGGCAGAAGAUGUGGAGAUGGGAAAGUGUUUGGAGAAUGUGGGGGUAAAGGCUAUGGACACUCGUGACGCUUUAGGUCGGGGGAGAUUCUUUCCUUUUGUGCCAGAGCAUCACCUGAUCCCUAAUCAUAUAGACCCAAAUUUCUGGUACUGGAAAUUUAUUUAUUAUCCAUCAGAAUUGGGCAUGGGGUGCUGUUCAGAUACUGCCAUAUCAUUCCAUUACGUGUCUCCAAGUCAAAUGCACGUACUUGAGUAUCUCAUCUAUCACCUGCGGCCAUAUGGAAUUUCUCACAACGUUGAAGCUUUACAUUCGCCAGUCCUGCCAACAAAGCCUACAGCAGGUGGGGUCAGUUACACAGCAGAAGCUAAUGCGACUGGUAUAUCAGCAAAAGAAAAGAAGACUGAAGAGGCCAAAGCCAAGCCAUCACAAGCCAAAGACAGCCCUCCUAAAUCAGCGUCACACAUUGCAGCAUUUGAAAGGACCUUGCUGUCUCCUUCAGAGCAGAAGAGUCAUGUCCUGAAGUCUAACCACAAAGUCUGUUUAUUUCCAGGAAUGAUGGCAUUGUUACCAAAAUCACAUGUUAUGAUGCUGACGAUUGGGUUCUCUCUUGGUAUCCAGAUCUUUAUAGCAGUUACAAAGCUAGGUAGAAGCUUGCCUGUCAGUUUGCACGCCCUUGAGGAGUAUCCUGAUGUUGAGCUGUUUGGGACCCACAGUCCCAAUGAGUUGUACCACAAAGGGGAGGAUGUUGUGGCUCUGAAAAUUGCUGAGCGAGUUCGGAUUCUCUGCUGGGUUUUGACUAGCCCUAAGACCCACGAGAAGGCUAAACAUGUGAAAGCUACGUGGGGACGGAGAUGCAACAUUCUGCUUUUCAUGAGUUCGGAGACUGAUGUAUCUCUUCCAGUGGUGAAACUGUCUGUGAGAGAUGAGUAUGAUUAUUUGUGGGGAAAAACCAAGCAAGCUUUGAAGUAUGUGUAUGAUCACCACCUGCAAGAUGUUGAUUGGUUCUUCAAAGCAGAUGAUGAUACGUACACAGUAGUGGAAAACCUGCGCUACAUGUUGUCAGGGUUCAGUACUUCUGAUCCGCUGCACUUUGGCUUACGUUUCAAGGGAAAUCUAAAGAAUGGCUACAUGAAUGGGGGAGCUGGUUAUGUUCUCAGUCGUGAAGCACUGAAGUGGCUUGUGGAGGAGGCACUUUAUGAUGAAAGUAAAUGUCUACAAGAUGAUUUUGGUCCUGAGGAUUUGGAGCUUGGUAAAUGUUUGCAGAACGUGGGAGUGAAUUCUGUGGAUACUCGUGAUUCAUAUGGCCGAGAGCGGUUCUUUUACUUUCCACCAGAAAGUUAUAUAAUUCCAAACUACUUGCCAAAGGAUUUAUGGUAUUGGAGUUUCCUCUACUACCCCAUUACACUGGGUAUGCCGUGCUGUUCAGAUACUGCCAUAACAUUCCACAAAGUAUCUCCAAGCCAAAUGCACAUACUGGAAUAUCUCAUUUAUCACCUGCGACCAUAUGGAAUCUCUUACCACCAUGAUGUUACACAAGGACCGGACACAUAUUCUGAAUCUAGCUCGAUAGAAGGCAGAGCUGGCACAAGCCUAAAUGCCACUCCAGCUGAUGAGAAAUUCUCCCACCCAUCUCAGAUGAAAACAGCUCAACUUUCUUGAUACUUCACAACAACAAAUCAAACAGAGUUCUUGGACAUCAUGACAAAAAUUAACACUGGCGUUUUAAUUCUGAAAAUAAGCUUAAUUUACAUUGUUACUUAACAUGUUUGUAUAUCUGUCAAUUAAUGAUCAUGAUAUGACAAAAGAGUAACAGAAUUUAAUUUUCAGUUAACAUAAACCUUACCCUAAAACUGCAAAAUGUACCCCUCCUAUAAUUGUGCCACUCAAGUUGGCCAUGUUAGCUGACCUGUCCAUUGCACUGGCUCUGUCUCAACCCAGGGAUUAGAGCUAUUCCUUAGGGAAGACAACAGACAUAGAGAAGACAAAUCUGGUGGGGAUGGAAGGUGAUAAAGAGCUCUGGAUAUAAUUCAUAAUUCCUGUUCUUUUCCACAGACCUCUCCAUGCAGCUUUUCUUUAUGACGAUUGUAUUGACCAAAAAUAGCAAUAUACUUUUAUUCCUUCUGAAAUGUUUCCAGAAUCAAAUAACUGCAGUACUUAGUAGUAACCAUAGUAUUUAUUCAUUAAGUAUAUUUCUUGAAGAAAGUCGUCUUCUGGGAUUAG